AUGGAGACCCAGAGGGCCAGCCUUGCCCAGGGGCGGUGGUCACUGUGGCUACUGCUGCUGGGACUAGUGGUGCCCUCGGCCAGCGCCCAGACCCUCAGCUACAGGGAGGCCGUGCUUCGUGCUGUGGAUCGUCUCAAUGAGCGGUCCUCAGAAGCUAAUCUCUACCGCCUCCUGGAGCUGGACCUGCCCCCCAAGGCUGAUGCAGAGACCCCGAAGCCUGUGAGCUUCACGGUGAAGGAGACCGUGUGCCCCAGAACGAGCCAGCAGCCCCCAGAGCAGUGUGACUUCAAGGAGAAAGGGCUGGUGAAACAGUGCGUGGGGACAGUCGCCCUGGACCAGUCCAAGGACCAAUUUGACAUCAACUGUAAUGAGCUUCAGAGCAUCAGGAGAUUUGGCCCACCACCAUUCUUACCCAGGAGGGUGCCGCGGCAGAGGUUCCCUCCACCAAUCUUUCCCCCUCCAGGGUUCCCUCCACCAAUCUUCCCCCCUCCACCAAUCUUCCCCCCGCCACCAUUUCCAUUCCCCCCACCAAGGUUUCCUGGCAGAUAG